UCGACGUGUGUGCGUGCUUGUUGUGUAUAAAGUGUUCGCACGUGUUGGGUGUGGAUACAUGUAACUUUGUCAUUUUGUGAUAACUGUCAUCUCAUACAAAUAACAAAAGUAAGCAUGUUUCUUCCUUCGCCGGUGCAAGUCAUGUCAUGCUUACGUUUACCGAGAUGAGGCAGAUGUCUUCAGCAGUUUCGGGCUCAUGUUUGUAUAUAGAGGAGUACAAUUUUAGCUGGAUAUAAUGCAAGAUAUCCUCUCAGAAUGGAAACCGGAGCUCUGCAAUUGCUCAAGACGAUCGGACGUGCCUUGUUUGGUCGUCACCUCCUGCUCACCAAUGCCACGUUCUCAACAGUCAUGGGCAUUGCAGGCGACAUUGUGCAGCAGCACUAUGAAAUCCUGUCAGGUCAUCAAUCCGUUCUGAAUCCAGUGCGCACCUCGCACAUGGCUGCUGCUGGGCUCACUACUGGUGUUGUCUGUCAUUACUGGUAUGCGCUGCUAGACCGCUGGAUGGUUGGCCGAGCCCUGCGCACGGUGGUUCUUAAGGUCCUCUACGACCAGGUGGUCUUUUCUCCUGUGAACCUCGUUGUCUAUUUCGGCACUGUUGCUGUGCUGGAACGUUCGAGGCCUGCUGCCUUAUGGGAGGAGUUGUGUACCAAAGGAGGGCACAUCUACCGUGUUGAAUGGGUCGUCUGGCCUCCUGCUCAAGUAUUCAACUUCUAUGUGUUACCCUUGAGGUACAGGGUGUUUUUUGAUAACCUGGUGUCAUUUGGUUUUGAUGUUUAUACACCUUAUGUAAAGUACAAAGAUCAUAGACAGGAUGAGGUGCCUUCUUGAUGAUAGUUGUUAAUGAAUAGUUUCGUGUCGGAGAUCCCUGUUUCAGAGAUGUUAAUGUGAAUAGUUAUACUGCUUUCUACAUUAUAGGUCAUUAAUGGCUGCAUUCAGUGAUUACCAUGUACUCAGAGCCUUGUGUUUCAGGGUUAAAUGCAAACUCGUUUUUACCCCCUUCAUUGGCAUCAGGGUCGGUUCCUGUCAAAUCUGGACUGAACUCACCAAGGCGCAAACACGACCACUCAUACAAGCAUGGGCGAGCACUAAAUACUUUGCACUAGGCACUGCCUCUCGCCAUCUCAUGUGUUCCUCUUUUCACUUUCUGUCUUUUCCACUCGAAAAAUCUGCUUUCCCACACGAUAUCACCAGAUUUUACACUGUUUCUAGCUUCAAACACUAUUAUCCCUCUCCAGUUUGGAAGAAACAACCUGAACACACAAGGAUCUAAAUACACAAACCUGAGUGAGAUUGACAGACCACUGAACAUUCUUGUGAGAGAAUCUCUUAUUGUGCUCUCCGUACAUGUAAUUUUAUCCAGCCUGCCAUUCAUACUUGCAAUACUUUCAUGUGCUAUGCUUAAAGUUCCUCGUUUUGGGGGAUUAUACUCUUUGAGACCAACUGAAGCGUGGCAAAAUGUGCGCAAAACCGGAAGACAGCAACACAAGUUCGAAUUGAUUUCAACAUCAAAAGACAACAGGAUAGUUUCUCUUUUUCACCUAUCUUCACCCUCCUUUGUUAAACCCCGUAAAAUAUAAUCUCCAAAAACGAGAAACCCUAUAGUCAUGUCAAACUCAAGAAGGAAAAGAAAUCUAGUCCGUGAGCUCUCAAAAUAUUACUGUGCCGGAGAUGGGAUGGCUGGACGCAAAGAGAAAAAGCUCUCUCCCUGCACCAGAUAAUGUAAUCCAUGAUACUCACUCUGCUUCCAUAUGUUAAGACCGUGACUGUUAAGACUGGUUGCAUGACACUACACUGUAGCAGAAAGUGCGCUCCCCUACUGAUGGCUCAUGAUGGCACUGCAGUAUUUCGCCUCGCCUGCUAUUGCGUCUCCUUAUCUCCAAUGACAUAUAGACCCUGAAGUUUUCGGGUUUUAUAUUUUUCCAAAUUCGGGGUGUAGAAAUCGGGUCAUUAAAUUGAUGUAAAAAAUUCAUGCAAAUUCGGGCAGAAAAAUUACCAUCAGACUGAGUUCGGGGAGAAAUCGGGCAUUAUUGUAGAAUAAACGUUCACUGUACUGUUUAUCCAGAGUGCCAGAAGUAAGGGGCAGUCGCAUAUUUUGUGAGAAACUAGUAUGUCGAUGCCUUGAGGUGCCUAGCCUAGGUGCAGUUUUGCAGGUAGAAAUCAGGUUUAACCCUAGAUAGGUGAACCUCAAUUCGGGGUGCAAAUUCGGGGAAAAUUCGGGUUUAACCCUAAAACAUCAGGGUCUAAUGACAUAUCUACUUGAUGGACUAGAUUUCUUUUCCUUCUUAAAGGAGCAUGAAAAUGGUAUCUAACAUGGCCAAAAACUGCUGUCAUCUUGUAAAGCAGUAUAUGAAAAGCAUUCCCACAAAAUAUUUUUGUCCAAAGUUGUUUCACCGCGGCACAAUAAAUUUGCAAAGUCGCCCACCCACUCUCUUAAAUCACCCACUCUAGUGUGACAUUUAUGGUAGAGAGCCCCCUCAUUCGUUGGUAGAGAAAGCCGUCUGCUAUGAACAUUGCAAGCUGUGUCUUGAUGAGUUCUAUUCUUUGUGUGAUUUAUAUCAGUGAUGAAAGAUGAAAGUCACUGAAAAGGUUAGCCAGCUGUAGGGAUCGAACCCACAUCUUCUGGAUUACCGGUCCAGGGCUCUACGAAUUGAGCUAAGCUAACACGCCUCUCCAGCGACUUUCGGGGUGCGUCAUCUGAAGGGACGAUAAACCAGCCACUCACUCUCACGCACCCUCCUUUCACUCUUACAUUUUUUACCAGCGGCAUGGCCGAGUGGGCUAAGGCGUCCGCUCGGUGGUGGUAACCAAGGUCGUGCUGAAGACUGGGAGGUGGUGGGUUCGAAUCCUUCCGCCGGCUGUGCUGUCUGAGGUUUUUCCUGGGUUUUCCGAAGACUUUCCAGACGAAUGUCAGCACAGUUCCCCCUGAAGUCGGCCCAGGACGCAUACUAACCCCACUGUCCCCCACUCCUUCCUGCUAUCCUCUCUCCGUCUGUCCACAUCUGUACGUCGCUCAUAGCCACAGUUGCUUCGCGGCGCUAACACCCAA